UACACCCCGCUGGUCACCGUCCGCUGCCUGCUCCGCUGUUCGUCUUCAUGACUCUCACAGACUUUCCUCAGCCGUGGAAUAUAAAAAACAAAAGAAAAACAAAGGAUUAAAUCUGCGUGUGUAGGAUUACUGUCACAUUACUGAGGUGUUUUUUUUGGGGGGGGGGGUCUUUAUUGGGUGUUCAUGAGGACUGUGUCCAUGUCCUCUGUUGGAUGAUGGCUCCGGCAGUCUCUGUCAUUCCACUGUUGGGAUUUUUUCUAGAAAUCAGUUGUGUGGCUGCCAUCGAUCUGAGGUUUAUGCCCGACCCCCCAACACUGAACAUCUAUGGCGUCCACAGGAUGAACAAAUCUGACAACCUGGAACUAACAUGCAGAGGUCGACAGUACCUGACGUGGACAACCCCUCCCAUCAGCACUCGUUUCUCCACCAGCGACUGCAGCGGAUCAGGACUCUUCUGCACCACGCUCCGGAUCUCCAACGCCACAGUCAAUGAAACGGGACAGUACCAGUGCUCCUACAGAGACCUGAGAGUGGAAGACGGCAAGACGUCAGCAUCGGCCUAUGUGUUUGUUAAUGAUUACAAGAUGCCGUUUGUGCCGCCUGAGAAAGAAUACGAGGUGGUGUUCAUCAGCGAAGGAGUGCGGGUGGUGAUCCCCUGCAGAGGCUCGGUGGAGAAUCUCAACGUUACACUUCAUACUAAGUAUCCAAACAAGGAGCUCCAUCCUGAUGGGAAGGAUUCUCUGUGGGACGCCCAGACGGGGUUCACCGUUCCCAGUCACCUGAUCAGCUACGCCGGCGUCGUGUGCUGCCAGACUCAGAUUGGAAAUGAGACAUUCAAGUCCCCCCUCUACAUCGUCGCUGUUGUCGGAUACAAGAUCUACGACCUCACCCUGACCCCUCCACAGCUCAGGCUGUCUGAGGGGGAGCGUCUGAUGCUCAGUUGCAUGGCUCACACCGAGCUCAACGUGGGCAUCGAGUUCAACUGGACGCACUCUGGUCAGGCCCUGAGCUCGGUUAACGGUUCGAGGCCGACCCACACUAUACCCCACAAGAAGAAGCUGUGGAACUCUCUGGAGCUGUCCAACACGCUCAUAGUGGAGAACGUGACAGUGGAUCACACAGGAGAGUACACCUGUACAGCCUCCAGCGGGAAGAUGGAGAAAAGUACCACAGCGUACCUGAAAGUGUACGAGAAGCCUUUCAUUGAUAUGAAAGAGCCGUGGAUGAAGGUGUUGGAGGUAAAUGUGGGAGAUCAAACAUCCACCAUGAUCCCCGUCAAGUACUCAGCUUACCCAGAGCCCAGCUUCAAGUGGUUAAAAAAUGGCCUUCCACUGAGGGAUGACUACAAGAUAAAGCAGAAGAGCGAUGCCCUCGUCAUCCGAGGAGUUUCAGAAACCGAUGCGGGGAAUUACACAUUCGUGCUGACCAAUAAGAUAACUAAAGAGGAGCAGAGACGCUCCUUCCAGCUGCUCGUUAACGUCCCUCCUCACAUCAUACAGAAGGAGGUGGCCGAGGACACUGACUUGUAUCCGUAUGGCAGCAGCCCCACGCUGAGGUGCACUGCUCGUGGAUUUCCCGUCCCGUCACACAUCCAGUGGCAGUGGAUGUCCAAAGAGGACUGUCCCGAGGCCUUCCUCAGGUCGGGGUUGAUAAGGACCGAGGAGCAGAUGGCAGAAUGUAAAGGUUGGAGAGAUAUCAGUAACAGCAGCGCUCACCAUUCUGCAGAACGCGUCAUGACUGACUCUGACCAUCACCAGAAGAAAAUCAUGAGCUCUUUGAAGAUUCAGAAAGCCGAGGCUCACGCUCUCUACAAGUGCACGGCUAAAAACAAAGUAGGAGAGGACUCACGCAUCAUCUUUUUCCACGUCACACGUGGCCUUGAGGUGAGUGUGACUCCAGGUGACCCCCUAGAGGAAGACGACGUGGUUUUGCGGUGUAAGGCGGACAAGCUGCUCUACGGGAACCUCGCCUGGUUCCGUGUGACAAACGCCUCGGGGUCAGAGCCGGUCCCGUCGGUACAGCCGUGCCGCUCCCUGCAGCGGACGCCUCUGCAGCGUGCCGUGCUCUCCAGUGUGCAGGGAACCAACGUGACCCUGGAGCUCAAACUGCCCAACGCAACCCGCCGAGAUGAGGGUCUUUACGCCUGUCAGGUGGAGAGCAUCAAGACCCGGGAGAGAACCUGCCUGCUGCGCAACAUUUCCCUCAAAGGUCUUGAAGCAGCGAGGAUCCUCAACAAUUUAACCGAUCAAAAAGUCAACGUGAGCUCGACCAUCUCUCUGCUCUGCGAUGCUGCCGGGAUGCCAAAGCCGACGGUGGUUUGGACCAAAAACAACCAGACUGUGGUGGAGGGCUCAGGCGUGAUUCUGAGCCGGAACAACCACAUCUUGACGAUUCAGCGUGUGAAGAAGGAGGACAGCGGUCUGUACACCUGCAGUGCCUGUAACAGUCGAGGAUGUGACGCCUCACAGGCCUCUCUGACCACUGAAGGUGCAGAGGAAAAGACAAAUGUGGAGCUGAUUGUCCCCAUCGGGUCGGUGGUCAUCGCCAUGUUUUUCUGGCUACUGAUCGUCUUCGUCAUCCGUGGAAGAAAGAGGCCAAAUGGCGGAGAGCUGAAGACGGGCUACCUGUCCAUGAUCCUGGACUCGGAGGACAUGCCCAUGGACGAGCAGUGUGAGAGGCUAACGUACGAUGCUAACAAAUGGGAGUUCCCUCGGGACAGACUGAAGCUAGGUGACCCACUGGGACGAGGAGCGUUUGGUCAAGUGGUUGAAGCAGCCGCCUUUGGCAUCGAGAAAGCCACAACAUGCACAACUGUCGCAGUCAAGAUGCUAAAGGAGGGCGCCACGUCCAGUGAGUAUCGGGCCCUGAUGUCAGAGCUGAAAAUCCUCAUUCACAUUGGACAUCAUCUGAAUGUGGUCAACCUGCUGGGAGCCUGCACGAAACCUGGAGGGCCGCUGAUGGUCAUUGUGGAGUACUGUAAACAUGGAAACCUCUCCAGCUACCUGAAGAGCAAGCGUGGAGAGUACAGCCCCUACAAGAGGAAGCGGGUGGACAGCCAGAGGUGGAUGUCAGCAGAGGAGGAUGUCACUGAAGGUGAUCUGGGUUUAGGGAAGAUCGCUCAGUUGGAUAUCUGCACAGGAACCGCCGUCUGCUCCAGAGCUUCAGGCAGCAACAUGGACACCGGUGAAGAGAGCUGUGACGAUGACCAUCUGACCAUGGAAGACCUGAUACGCUACAGCUUCCAGGUGGCCAAAGGCAUGGACUUUCUGUCCUCUCGCAAGUGUAUCCACAGGGAUCUAGCAGCCAGAAACAUCCUGCUCUCAGAGAACAAUGUGGUGAAGAUCUGCGACUUUGGACUGGCCAGAGACGUCUACAAGGACCCAGACUACGUCCGCAAGGGAGAUGCUCGACUCCCUCUGAAGUGGAUGGCUCCUGAGACCAUCUUUGAUCGCGUCUACACAACACAAAGUGACGUUUGGUCGUUUGGGGUGCUUCUCUGGGAGAUCUUCUCUUUGGGGGCGUCUCCAUAUCCAGGUGUUUGUAUCGACGAGUCUUUCUGCAGGAGGCUGAAGGAGGGAACCCGGAUGAGAACACCUGAAUACGCCACCAAUGAGAUAUAUCAGACCAUGUUGGACUGCUGGCUGGACCGUCCCACAGACAGGCCGACGUUUGCAGAGCUGGUGGAACAUCUGGGCGACUUGCUGCAGGCCAGCGCUCAGCAGGACGGGAAGGACUACAUCCCUCUGACAGUCGUCGGUGAGGCAGACGGCUCCACAGUGACCUCUGACCCCAGGAGGCCGUACAGCAGACCUCAGAGCGGGGAAAUACUAGAGGAUCAGCUCCACUAUGACAGCCCAUCAUCCCUCGGACUGACCCAGCAGAGCGAGCGCUGCAGCCGGCCGCUCAGCGUCAAGACGUUUGAGGACAUCCCCAUGGCUGUCAGCAGUGUCAUGGAGGGUCACACAGACAGCGGUAUGGGCUUCUUAUCAGAGGAGGUGAAGGGUUUGAAUCAGCAGCUGUCGACUACGCCCAACUUCAGUCAACUGCUGCGCUGUAAGAGCAAAGAGUCUCUGGCCUCCGAGUCGUCCAAUCAGACGAGCGGAUACCAGUCGGGGUAUCACUCUGAUGACACGGACACCCCGAUCUACGCUAACGAGGAGGUGAUCAUGAAGCACAACAAGCUGAAGAAACCUCCGCUGCCCAAGACCCCCGACAGAUUCAACGUGGAGAUCCGCUACAGCACGCCACCCGUCUGACCCGACAACCAGCUGAGUCAUCCAUGUACAGUAUCUGUUCAUCACACUUUAGGAACAAUCACAACACAUGCAGUAGAGGCUUGGUUCACUCCAUUUGGAAGCAGGAAAAAAAAAAGGAGAAUCCCUGUAUUUUUAAACUGAAGCCCCAUAUUUAUAUAUCUGUGGGUCUAAAUGACAAAGAGACUCGAGUCGAAUCUGAAAUAUUCAGAUUGUUAUUCUAAGUGACCGACAACAUCGCAGAGAGAAUCCCCUACAAAAAAUCUACAACAAUUUAAAUUUCUCAUUCAUGCAAUCUUUGUGAGCAACUCCAAAAAAUGUUAAAAACCUGUUAGUCAUUCAGUCUCUCAAAUAUGUAAAAACAUUGAGUCGUAUGAUAAGUGUGUGAGAGCUGCUCUCUGUGGAGGAAUGGCUAUCAUGUUUACACAGCGAGUAAAAAGGUCUAGGGAGCCAAGACACGAGGACACGCCUACUUCCUGAAUCACAAUCCACCCACUUCCUGUAUCGCAGGAAAUGUCAUGUGGAAUUUUUAGACAAUUGAAGCAACAAAUGUUUUCUUGUCUUUUCAUUUUCUUUCUUGUCGGCACAUUAAAUGUUGACUAAUGAGGCGGUUCCCACUGAUAAAUCAGAACAGCUUUGUAGUCACAUUUUGUACAGAUCUUUUAUGCAUAUGACAGUAUUUUAUUGAAAGUGUAUUACUAAACCUGCCGUAAAUGUAACUAGUUUUAUAAAAUAAAAAUACUCACAGAUUA